GUGGAAACUGGCAUCAAUGCGAUCUGGUUAUCGCCUAUAUAUCCAAGUCCCAUGGUCGAUUUUGGAUACGACAUAUCCAAUUUCGUUGACGUCGAUCCGUCUUUUGGUACAUUGGAAGACUUCAAAAGUCUUCUAAAGUGCGCUAAAGAACUCGGUCUAAAAGUGGUUCUUGAUCUUGUGCCGAACCAUACGUCUGAUAAACACAUAUGGUUCCAAAAGGCUCUUCAAGGUGACAAGAAGUACAAGGACUAUUAUAUAUGG